AUGUACAGAAUACUAUCCUCCUCCUCCAAAAGGUCGACCAAGCAGGUCCUCUCAUCGUUGUUAUCGAAAAAUGGAGCAACCACAAGCCGGUUCUACUCUGUUCCCAUGGCUGAUGCAAGUGCACAUUCAGUAACAGGAAGAUUCGUGGACGAUGUUUCAAAGCCAUACACGGUCACUACAUACGCUAGACCUAACAUUGUCAUUGCAAGAGGUAAGGGCUCUUAUCUUUUCGAUUUAGAGAACAGACGCUAUGUCGACUUCACAGCCGGGAUUGCCGUGACAUGCUUAGGCCAUGGCAACGAGGAAGUUUCAAAAAUCAUCCAAACUCAGGCACUGAAUUUGAUGCAUUGUUCCAAUUUGUACUAUAAUAUUCCUGCUGGUGAGUUGGCAAACAAGCUUGUGGCCAGAACCAUUGAGUCUGAUGGAAUGCAAGACGCACAGAGAGUGUUCCUAUGUAACUCUGGCACUGAGGCCAAUGAAGCGGCACUUAAAUUCGCUAGAAAGUAUGCCAAAGGAAUCAAUGAGCAGAAAACCGAGAUCAUUGCUUUUGAAAACGGAUUCCACGGCCGUACCAUGGGUGCCUUGUCUGUGACUGCAAACCCCAAGUACCAGGCUCCAUUUGCACCAUUGAUCCCUGGCGUACACAUCGCAGACCCACACUCCAUUGAAUCCGUCAAAAAAGUCAUCAACAAAGACAAGACGGCCGCUGUGAUCAUCGAGCCAGUUCAAGGUGAGGGUGGUGUGAACGUAGUGCAACCAGAGUUCUUGAUAGAGUUGAAGCAAUUGUGUGAGGAGAACGAUGUUGUGCUUAUUUAUGACGAGAUUCAGUGUGGACUAGGCCGGACCUCGCUGUUAUGGGCCCACUGUGACUUGCCCUCGACAGCCCACCCUGACAUUGUCACCAUGGCAAAGGCAUUGGGAAACGGCUUCCCAAUUGGUGCCGUCAUGACCAACGAAAAGAUAGAAAAGGCAUUGUCUGUGGGUGACCACGGUACGACAUACGGAGGAAACCCCUUGGGUUCCGCCGUUGGCUUGCAUGUUGUGGAAACUGUCAGUGACAAGAACUUCUUGAAGGAAGUGUCCGAGAAGAGCGCACUUUUCCAGAAAGGGCUUGCAGAAAUUGUGGAGCAGUUUCCAGAUCAUGUCGAGGGCGUCAAGGGAAAAGGCUUGUUGUUGGGUUUACAACUUACCUCUAAACUUGACAGUGGACUUGUUGUAGAGAAGGCUCGUGAGUACGGGUUGUUGGUGAUCACUGCUGGUGGUAAUGUGAUCAGAAUUGUUCCUGCGUUGAACAUCCCCGUGCAGACUAUCGAAGAAGGCUUGAAGAUGUUGUCCACAGCUAUCAAAGAGGCCAUUGAAGCUAAAUACCAGCUUUUAGGCGUACCCAAUAUCAUGUCUCUAUCUUCCCCUUGCACUUUGGUCGGCGACAUACACGGUCAGUUUCACGAUCUACUAGAAAUUUUUAAAGUGGGCGGGUCGCCUCCUGAUACCAACUAUUUAUUUUUGGGCGAUUAUGUUGAUCGAGGAUACUACUCGGUUGAGACAAUCUCGCUUCUAAUAGCGUUGAAGCUAAGAUAUCCUGAAAGAGUGUUUCUCAUUCGAGGCAACCACGAAUCCCGAACCAUCACGACGAACUAUGGGUUUUACACAGAAGUCUUGAACAAAUACAAUGGCUCCCUCAAAGUGUGGCAGUAUAUCACGGAUUUGUUCGACUACCUUCCCUUAGGUGCAACCAUAGACGGGAAGAUUUUCGCAACUCACGGAGGCCUCUCGCCUUCGUGUCAGCUUCUCGACCAGAUUCGAGCCAUAGACAGGUUCAAAGAGGUACCCCACGAUGGUAUCAUGGCUGAUUUGGUCUGGUCGGACCCUGAUCCUGAAAUUUUGGAUUUCAAAUUGUCUCCUAGAGGUGCUGGUUACUUAUUUGGAUAUGACGUGAUGAGAAAGUUUAAUCAUGACAACGACCUUUCCCAAUUGGUUCGGGCCCAUCAACUCUGUAAUGAAGGUUUUGUCAGCUACUGGCAUGGUAUGUGCCUCACGAUCUGGUCUGCGCCCAACUACUGCUACAGAUGCGGAAACCGUGCCAGUGUCUUGGAAAUCUCGCAUUCCAAUUAUACAUCCAAGGCAAGCCAUCCUCAAGACAUCUUGCCCGGCCAGUACUGCAAUGUUUUCGAAGCGUCUCCUGAAAAUGACGAGGACACCAUCGAAGGACGUGGUGUGAACGGUGUGAGCUCUGACAGCUUCAACUCAAGCAAGGAUAUAUUCAGCGCAUACUUCAAUGGCCGCGGACGUACUCUGGUCGAGUACUUUCUCUGA